AUGAGAGGGUGUACGGCGCGGCUGUACGAGAACAACAUGUGCUGGCCGCAGUCGUCGGCUAUUGCGCUUCAUGGGACGCACAACGGCGGAUGUACGCCGAUCACCUGCCAUCAGAUCCCGGGCAGCGAUUACUACAUGUCGGCGACGUGCAUCAACUCCGCUCCGCCGUCCGUGGCCGACUUUCCGGUCUCGUGGCAGAUAUGGGACAACUAUGGCUCGCCCUCAUGCGCCUUCCACAAGCAGAAUGAGAUCGUGGCGACCAUGGACACCUCGUCGUGCAUCGCGCUCACCAACGACUUUUACGCUCACAUCUCGGUCGCCUCCAACAGGACGACCAUCACCGAGUGCAUCGACUCCGCCUGCAGGCACUGCGCCGGCCCCGUCACGACCAUGCCCGUCGACGUCUGCGGCGAGGUUCAUCUCAACGGCCGCCACCUCGGGUCGGGCUUCUUCACCCGCAACGGCAUGUAA